AUGAUGCACCCCGCAAGGCAGGCGUAUGUCGAAGAAGCGGACGACACUGAUAUGGGCAUUAGUCUGGCGGAUCUGCCGGUGGACCGCGACUAUGACCUCCCCGCGGCGGCCGCAGGAAUUGCCCCCGAACGAGCAUCCGCGCUCCUCUCACAAUUUGAACGCAAACGACGAGCUGCGGCCAUCAUCGUGCCCACAGACGACAAUCGCGUCCGUCUACGCCUGCGCGAGCUAGGCGAACCCAUCACGCUCUUCGGCGAAGGACCGGGCGAUCGCAGAGACCGAUUACGAGAACUUCUCACCACGCUACAGGAACAACAGCAAGAAGGCCAAGAUGUAGAAAUGCGAGAGGGGGAAAGUGCGGCGCUGACCGAGACCGAGGCGGAAGCGGAAGAAGGCGAGCCGCAGGAAGAGUUCUAUACAGAAGGGUCACAGGAGCUGCUGGAUGCGCGGAAGAAAAUCGCAUUAUAUUCCUUGCCUAGAGCAAAGGCGCGGGUGGCGUGGCAGCUGGAGCAAUCGAAGAUUCAGCUACGGACGCAUAUCAAACAUCGCAAGGCUGUCAAGGAGAAGUUACAAGGGUUUGAGCUUUAUGGGUCGCAAAUCGCCGCCGAUAGGCCCGUUGGUAUCACUCGGUUCGCGCCGAAUGGGGAGACGCUUGCGACAGGUAACUGGGCCGGGGGCGUUAAAUUGCUGUCUGUCCCUAAUUUGGAGGAGAAAAUGAGCGUCAAGGGACACAGCGAUCGAGUGAGUGGGCUUUCCUGGUUCCCUGGCGCUACGUUAUCUACGUCAAACGUGUCAGAGUCUGCCCUCAACCUGGCGUCCGGAGGAGGCGAGGGGAAUAUCAAUCUUUGGUCGCUGGAUAAAAAGGAGCCGCUGGCAACACUCUCCGGGCAUUCUGAGCGAGUCUGUCGAGUGGAAUUCCACCCAUCGGGCCAAUAUCUAGCGUCGGCUUCCUACGACACAACGUGGAGGCUCUGGGAUGUCGAGACGACAACCGAGCUGCUGCUACAGGAAGGCCACUCGCGGGAAGUAUAUGCUGUUUCUUUUAAUUCCGAUGGGUCUCUAUUGGCAAGCGGAGGCCUGGACAGUUAUGGACGGAUAUGGGACCUGCGCACCGGCCGAACGGUCAUGGUGCUUCAGGGGCAUAUUCGAGAGAUCUACGGCGUAGACUGGGGCGCUGAUGGCUACCGGGUUCUGACGGGAUCGGGAGAUGGCUGGGUGAAGUGCUGGGAUUUGCGCAAGGUGGACUGCAGCGGCAACAUUGGCGCACACAAGAGCGUUGUCUCGGACGUGCGUUGGUAUAAGGGGGAUCAGUCGUCUUAUCUUCCGACGACGACGACGAGCACGAAUGGCGAUCAGAGUGGCGAUGCUAUGGAAACAGAUUCGCCGGCGCCGCGCAAGGCGGGCACGUUUUUUGUUAGUUCCGGGUUUGAUCGCAACGUCAAUGUGUUUAGUGCGGAUGACUGGUCGCUGGUGAAGUCGCUGAGCGGGCAUUCGGACAAGGUGCUCAGCGUGGAUAUAAGUGAUGAUGCUCGGUGGAUUGCGAGUGCAAGUCAUGACCGUACCGUGAAGCUGUGGGGGAUUGCAUAG